AUGAAGUUUGAACAAAUCCUCAUUCACCAUGGUCUCCUGAAGGAAGGCGUCGAGGCUGCAGCAGAUGAGGUAGGGAAGAGUGUGCGAGAGGACACCGCAGAUUUGGCCCAGAACUUUAUCAAAGAUAUCAGUUUCGUCAUAGAGGACUCGCCCACUACGUCCCCGACAAAUAUUCCCGACUCUUUGCAAUCUGCUGCGAACAGCACUGCUUCCGGCACCGCGACGCUUGCCUCUGCUGCCCGCCGCAUGUCUGACGCUGUCGGCUCCGUAGCUGGUCAGGCCGGUGCAUGGGUUGCUGGGCACAUCACAGCGUCCUCCUCUCCGUCAGAGACACUCAUAUCGCUUUCAAAUGCAUCUGACAUAGCUACGGGUGAGUUCAGCACGGGCGCCGCGGAGGUACGCUCUGCGGUCUCAGAUACCGCAGGGCUGCGCAUUGAGUAUGCGCAUGGCGAACAAGCGAGAGAGGUACUGGAGAAUAUGGGUGAGUGUGUGCAGAACGUCGGCGCGGCGGCUGGCAAUGUGGCCGUCGCAACGAGCGGAGUGGGAAUAGCAGCCGCAGGGAUCAAGGGUGACGCGCAGAGCGACGGAAGGCAGGGAAUCUCGACUGCGAAAGAUGAAGAUGGAAAUGUUUAG